UCUUCUUCCCACUCUCCACGAAGAGAGAGAGAGAGAGAGAGAGGGUCAAAGGGCCAUUUUCGAAAAUUCAUCAAACUCAGCUGGUCCUUUUGGUAAUUUUCUUUUGCAGAAAAAGGUGUUUGAUGCUGCCGUAGUUAUUCGUGCAAACGGCUUGAAAAGAUACGGCCGUUGCAGGGGGAAGAAUCAAAGCAAUUGAGCACAAAACACCCUCAGAUUCUCACAAAUUUCGAAAUUACCCCUUGGUUCUUUCUUCCCAGUUUCGUUUCUCUUCUCUCUUUCUGCUUCUCUUUCUCUCUUCCUUUUCUGUAUUUUGUUCACAUCUGGUUUUGCUUCUCUUUUCUCUCUUUGAGGUUUCGUGCUUUUGUAUCAUAAGGCUAUGUUUGGUGAGAAAGAUCUCUCUAAUGGUCUUGCUUCUGAGGACGAAAGUUCUCAGAGCAAGCUUACUCGGCAUAUCUCUGAGUUUAACAAGAAUCGUUCUGAAGAGAAAAUGGGUUUUUCUGAAAAGGGUAUCGAUUUUCUCAGAGAAUCAGAGAUGGGUUCUGAUGGGUUCCAAUCAAAGGUAACAAAAAUCGGGAAUCCUGGUUCACAAGAGUUGACCCUUAGCUAUCUCUGCGAUAAUUCAAAACUGGGUUUUCCCGAGAAAGAGUUUUCCGGGAAAAAUCUGCUGAAUUCCUUUGAGAAAUUUAGUUACAAAGGGAAAGAAGUCCUGGUCUCUGAGAAUUCAAACCAAGAUGAAAAGUGGGUAGAGAGAGAUUUCCUCAAUCUAAAUGAAACCAGGGUGGAUUCCGCAAAACGAGAGGUUGAAGAGGAGGCUGAGAGAGAAAACAGAGACAAGAGGCCGAAGCUGGAGACACUCAAUCUCUCUCUAGCUUUGCCUAACGUUUCGCUUUCGCUCAAUGCUUCGGAUGCGCUUCAAAAUGGCAAUCACAAUACGGGUAGACCAAAACCCACUCGGAGCAUGCAAUCUCUGCCUCCAUCCGCCAAUACCCAAACCACGUACUCCAAUGAUUACACCACAGCUUCACUAUCCUACUCAUAUUCCCACGCUUUUUCACACAAUCCGAGUUGUUCGCUUACGAGAAAUUCGACUGAAAACUACGAGUACUCGGUUGGGAAAGACGACCAAAUUUGGAAUUGCGGGGAAGGGACUAAUGGGUCUGUGCACAGUCGGUUCAAGCCGAUUGGAGAUGGCGGCGUUACGUUGUCGAAUCACGGUGGUGGGAUUUUUUCACUGAUGCAGGGAAAUCGUAAAGAUUCUUGUAAUAAUAGUCUAUAUAGGACGACAAGCUCUGAUAACCAUUCGUUUUUUCCUUCUGAGCUUCCCGCUAGGCCUAAGAUUGAUACACAGUCAGGGGAUUCUAGAGGUAAAGCUUCAGAGAGUUUUAGAGGUUUGGAAGGUGUGGAUGGUGGUGGUGGGAGGGUAAGGUCGCUUUCUAGACCUGAGAGAAUUCUGAAGGAGAUUGUUACCGAGUCUGUGCCUGUAAUGGCUCAAAUAGUUCAGGAGCUUCCUGAUGAAACACUUGUUUCAACUAGGGAGUACUUGAAGAAUCUAAUUUCCAUGCCUGAGAAGAAACAGGAGUUGAUGAGUCUUCAAAGCAGGCUUGAGAGAAGGUCGGAUCUUUCUAAGGAAACUCUCUCAAAGUGCCAGAAAAGUCAGCUGGAAAUCUUGGUUGCGGUGAAAAUGGGUCUUGAGUGCUUUGUAUCUGGCAAAAACCACCUCCCCACAAAUGAGCUGGUGGAGAUUUUCUUGUUCAUGAGAUGUAGAAAUGUAAAUUGUAAGAGUUUGUUGCCUAUUGAUGAUUGUGACUGCAAGAUUUGCUCAGCGAACAAGGGGUUUUGUAGUUCCUGUAUGUGUCCUGUGUGUUUGAAUUUCGAUUGUGCUAACAAUACCUGUAGCUGGGUUGGCUGCGAUGUUUGUUCUCAUUGGUGCCAUGCUGCUUGUGGGAUUCAAAGGAAUCUUAUUAAGCCUGGUCCUAGCUUGAAGGGACCCUCUGGAACUACUGAGAUGCAGUUUCAUUGCAUUGGGUGUGGCCAUGCUUCGGAAAUGUUUGGUUUUGUUAAGGAUGUGUUCCUUUGUUGUGCAAAAGAUUGGGGUCUAGAAACUCUGAUCAAGGAACUUGACUGUGUUAGGAAGAUUUUUAGCGAAAGUGAUGAUUUCAAAGGCAAGGAAUUGCAUGUCAAGGCCGAGGAGAUUAUUUCGAAGCUCGAAAGGAAAUUGUUGUCUCCUGCUGAUGCUUGCAAUUUUAUUACUCAAUUCUUUAACUACACAGAUGGUGCAUCAGAAUUUCCUGCUUCUGGUAUAUCCUCAAAAGAGUUGGUGGCAACUCAAGCUAAAUUGCAGAAAGACAUGAUCCCUCUACCGCAAUCCACUUCUCUACCUGCAAAAUAUGGUGUUUACAACAGUAGUUCUAGCAUACAACGUGAUUUAUUGUCAAGUGAUUUCCAUCGCAGUGAUCUCCACCGGAAUGAUCUCCAUCGCAAUGAUCUCAAAGCUUCCAUUGUAAGCACUGAAGAUGAUUUCAGGUUUGGGUCGAUACCAAAAUCAGCUGGAUAUGACAGCUUGGAAAGCAUUGUGAGGAUCAAGGAAGCAGAAGCGAGAAUGUUCCAGAGUAAGGCAGAUGAAGCAAGGAGAGAAGCCGAGGAGUACCGACGGAUUAUACGGACAAAGACCGUAAACUUGGAAGAAGAAUAUUCUGAAAAGCUUGCCAAACUCUGUUUGCAGGAAACAGAUGAAAGGCGGAGGAAGAAACUCGAAGAGCUCAAGGUUUUGGAAAAUUCACAUGAUGAUUAUUACAACAUGAAGAAGAGAAUGCAAGUUGAGAUUUCUGGGCUGUUGGAGAGAAUGGAGGCUACAAAACAACAAUGGGUGUAAUUUCAAUUUUCUUUUUCUCUUAUUAACAAUGUUGCUAAUUGUAUGUAGUUGUUGAUUUUACUUCGAUUUUGAACAAUGCUUUGUUAUUUAAAAUUAAAAAUGAAUGGUUAUUUAGUUA